GCUGCAGGGGCGGCUCUUCCAAAGAGGAAGUGCCGAGGCACCGCGUGGCUAGUCUGUCAGAUGUAAACAAAGCCGUAGUCCUUUGGAUCAAGGCUAAAAUACAAUUUAACACGACCAUUUUGUGGUGAGGUAACGGAGCCGUUUCGUUCCGUGAACUCCACACGUGGAUAUCUCUCGUUGUCACGCUGGGCGCAUCAGUUAUUUAGCCAAAAAAACAACUGUUAGCCUGCGGAUGCUUCUACUGGGGCGCCCAUUUCCAGCACGGGUCGAUAUCUCCCCAUUACAUCCACGCAAGUCUUUCCAUUAACACACUUCCUGUGCUGCUAAAUGCGUUUUUAAUCCAGAUGGUGGGAGACGGGAACAUGAAGUUUUUGGACCUUUUUGGGCGCCUGAAAUCCGUGGUUAUUGGAAUGAUUCACGUUAAAGCCUUACCAGGCACCCCCCUGGGUUGUAUGAAAAUGUCCCAAAUCACAGAAGAAGCAUGCAGGGAGGCAGAAAUCUACCGUGAUGCAGGAAUUGAUGCUAUGAUCAUUGAGAACAUGCAUGAUAUCCCUUACUCGUUCUCUGUGGGCCCUGAGGUGUCUGCCUGUAUGACCACAGUAUGCUCUGCUGUGAGAAACAUCUGUCCAGGCCUGCCACUCGGAGUGCAAAUACUGUCUUCUGCUAACCAGCAGGCACUGGCUGUAGCUCUGGCUUCAGGUCUGGAUUUCAUCAGGGCCGAGGGCUUCGUCUUCUCUCACGUGGCCGAUGAAGGUCUCCUGAACGCCUGCGCCGGGGACUUACUGAGAUAUCGCAAGCAGAUCGGAGCUGAACAUGUGCAGAUCUUCACCGACAUCAAAAAGAAGCACAGCUCCCAUGCCCUGACAUCAGACGUGAGCAUUGAAGAGACGGCACGUGCAGCCGAGUUCUUCCUCUCAGAUGGACUCAUCAUCACAGGAGCGGCCACUGGACAGCAGGCUGACCCGCGGGAGCUCAGAGAGGUUUCCCAGUCUGUGAGGAUCCCAGUGCUGAUUGGUUCUGGAGUGACCUAUGACAACAUCGAGCGCUACCUCGAUGCAAAUGGAAUGAUCAUCGGUUCUCAUUUUAAGGAGGGUGGCCACUGGGCCAAUGCGGUCAACCCGGAGCAAGUGAAGAGGUUCAUGGGAAAGAUACGCAAGCUUCGAAAAUGAGAGAGGAUGUUUUCUGUCAUCCCCCCAGUGCCUUUAACAUGAUUACAGUUACUGCCUGUGCUGCCACAUUAAUACACACAAAGCCACCACCUUAAGAAAACAAGAUUUUAAUUUUUUUUGUACAUUAUAUAAAUACAUGCAAAUAGAAAAACAUAAUAUUCAACUGUAUUUACACUCGUUUAAAAUAAACUAUUUGUGUAACAUGAAAAGAGUGAGUACUCGAUAGAAUACAUGAACAGUGGUUUUGUAAUUGUUCCUGAAGUAGACGCCAUUAAAAGGAGACUGUGGUAUGAAAUGAGCUUUAAAUACACUUGUGGCAAGAACAUCUAACCCUAAAGCGCAUAACAUAAAACAUACUGAAUACGACCAAGGAGAAAACUGUCCAAAUGUGCCACAAUAUUCCAACUGCAUCAUAAUUAAAGAAUUAAGCACUCUACAGGUUUAUAGUUUUCAUAUUUGGAGCAGCGUCACACCGUAACAACACGUUUAGAAUAACGUUCACACACCUAACUUCCUAUAAGUCCUACCCCUACUUAUAUCUAAUCAAUCUAAACCAAAUGCUUUCCAACCUGAGGGCGCGACUGUGUCGUUCAUGAUGUCAGGAUUCUUUGUUCUCAGUGGUUUCAGACAUGAGGGCUGCCGUGUAGGUUGCCUAUAAUAAUAAAAUAAAAAUAAAAACUGCACAGGAUGUGGUGAAUCUGAAAUGCUUCGCCUUGGUGGAUAUGCAGAAUUAACUGUGUGAGGUGAAA